AUGUGUGGGCGAUAUGCACUGGGCCUCCGUGCCGCAUUUGUCCGCUACCAGCUCCAGCAACAGGGCAUGCCCGUUGACGAUGCACCGGAGGACGACGAAGCCCGCGAAACAUACAACUUCCCACCGGGAUCCUUUGGCCUCGUCUACCGCGCAGAUGUGCCCGACCAAGGUGUCAGGGACACCAACGAAUCUGAAAGUAGCGAUGCUGCCGAGCACGACGGCCAAGCACAGGAGCAGGAGCAGGAACAGGAACAAGAACAAGAACAAGAACAAGAGCCGCAGGAGUCCACUGCCCCAACGUCCAGUCAAUCGAAGAAGCACUUCAACUACCAGCUCAAAGUCAUGAAAUGGGGACUGAUCCCUUUCUGGACCAAACGCGCCCCCGACUACGGUUCGAUGCUGCGCACCAUCAACUGCCGUGACGACUCUCUGAUCGAGAACCGGGGCAUGUGGAACACGAUGAAGCAGAAGAAGCGCUGCUUGGUCGUGGCACAAGGCUUCUACGAGUGGUUGAAGAAGGGGCCAGGCGGGAAAGAGAGGAUCCCGUACUUCGUCAAGAGGAAAGAUGGCAAUCUGAUGUGGUUCGCGGGACUGUGGGAUUGUGUCAAGUACGAAGAUACCGAGGAGAAGCUGUACACCUACACCAUCAUCACGACGGACGCGAACAAGCAGUUGCAGUUCCUGCAUGACCGCAUGCCUGUCAUCCUGGAUCCGGGGACAGAGCAGGUCAAGAUGUGGCUGGACCCGACCAGGAACAAGUGGAGCAAGGAGCUCCAGGCCAUCUUGAAACCGUAUGAGGGCGAGCUCGAAUGCUACCAGGUGGAUUCGGCCGUGGGCAAGGUGGGAAACAACUCACCCAGCUUCAUUGUUCCCAUCGACAGCAAGGAGAACAAGAAGAACAUCGCGAAUUUCUUCAGCAAUGCCAGUGCAAAGAAGCCCAAGGAGAAGGUCGGAGUAAAACCCGAACCCACCCAACCCACGGCCGAGGAUACUGUCAAUGUAAAAGACGCUCUGCUGUCCACACCGAGUACCCCGGUGGAAGAAAAGCAAGGACAAAAAAGGGGGCAUGAUGACGAGUCCCAGGAAAGCCCGACCAAAAAACAGGCGAAGCUGUCCUCCACCCCUCAGUCCUUGAAGUCUCCUCAAUCCAAGACGACUCUGGGCAAGAAGCCGAAGAGCGCAACCAGUAACAAGGACAUGACUCUAAAGACGAGCCCUUCCAAAAAGGCCGAGCCAGGAAUGCAGCGAAUCACGAAUUUUUUCACCAAGUGA